UUAAAUUACGCAUAAAAUAUUUUAUUAGUAAAAAUUAUGUUUUCUCCAAUAAAUAUUAAGCGAAGUUCAUCAGUAAAUUCACCAGGUUCUAUAGCACUUGAAACUGCAAAAAAUAUUAAAGACGCAGCAGUAUUUAAAGUGCCUGCUGGUCCAGUGAAAAGAACUAAAUCCAAAAUUCUAGAUGAAGAAACUUAUGUGGAAAAAAUGACUGAAAUAAUUCAAAGGGAUUUUUUUCCAGAUUUAGAAAAGUUAAAAGCACAAAAUGAAUAUAUCGAAGCUUUAGAGCACAAUGAUACAAAGAAAAUGAGAGAGCUAUUUGAAAAAUAUAGCUUUGAACGUCCAAAAACAGAAAGACUUGCUAGCCCUGCAACGUUUGAAACGCCAGUUCAUAAAGAAAAUGUCAUUGAAGAUGCAUAUUCAUUUACACAAAUUAAGAAUUUAAAGGUUAAAUUAAAAAGGAAUCUUGAACAUAGUUUGGAUGAAUUUUUAAUGAAUAAUACAAGUGAGGAUAAUGCUAGCUUUGAAGAAAUAUUAAUAGAAAAUGAAAAGAAAUAUAGAAUUAAAUAUGCUUGGCUUUAUAAACCAGAAAUACAAUCAAAUUUAUCUACUAUUGAAAAUAUUAAAAAUCAACAAUUACCAAUUAAAAAUAUGAAUGAACAAAUAUCAUAUAAAGUAGAUACUUGGAGUUAUAAAAAUAAAAAUUAUAUAAUGUAUAUACCAGAUGGAGUUGAAUUAACAUCCGAAGAAAAAAUAGAAAUGGCUAAAAGAAGGCAAAAGGUUGUUCAUUCCAAUACAAGAUUAAAAGUAAAUCCUUUCAAUGAACAGCAGAAUAAAGAAACUAUUAGUGAAUUAGCGAAAGCCCAAUCGAAAGCAAAUGAUGGAAAAAUAGGAGUAGAUGGCAAAGAAAUUUUAAGAAAUGAAACACCAAGAAUAAAUGGAUAUACUAUUUUAGCAACACCAAAUCAUAUUCCUAAUGAAAUUAUUGACAGUCCUAUAAUGACGUGGGGUCAAAUUGAAGGAACACCAUUUAGAUUAGAUGGCGGUGAUACACCUUUAUUACAUGCCAUUCAAGGACCUUCGUUUCGAAUGGCAGAACCUCCAAAACGAGAAAAAAUUGCUAUGCAACUAGCAGAAAUGGCUGGAGAAAAAAAAAGAGAUAAAAAACUUAAGGCAUUGAAUGCAGCACGACGAUCAUUAACAACGCCUUCACCAAGAUCAUCAAUUGAUCGACUGAAUACAAUGUCACCAGCUGCACGGAGACUUGCAACACAAAAACUACGCCUAUCUAUCACUCCUUCUCCCAAAAGAUUUUUAAGAACUCCUUUCUUAGGAAUAAAAACACCAACUACUCCAAGGCUUAUAACACCUACUGUUAAAGCUAAUGAAAUGGAUGUGCAUUCAAAACCUCAAAUGCCAGUUUUAACAGACAAUUUAUUAAAUCUUCCUCAAAGACAAAGAGCAGCUGAUUUUUUUGAUAAAUAAAGUUCAUAGUAAAAUAAUUUAUGACAAGUUAAGACAAG